GAAAAUCUUCGAUCUGGUAUAAUCAAAAGAUAAGUUUAAAAUGAAUGUAAAGAGAUAUGCCAGCCAAACCCCUUUUCUGCGUGCGUUAAAGUGGUUGCUUCUUUUGUCACUUGCUUGAAUUUUAUAUAUAGGCUUAGCCACCUGCUGUCAGCAGAGAAAAACACAUGCGGAAGAAAGCUCGUGCUUAUCUCUUCCGCUCUCAUUAUUUAGUCACCGUUAUAUUCAUCAUUCUUGCUUGUAACACUCUACUGUUUCAUCCCUGAUAAGAAGCCGAGAUAUCAAAAUGUGUAUAGCUGCGUUUAUUUGGCAAGCUCAUCCUCUUUACCCUCUUCUUCUCCUGCAAAACAGAGAUGAAUAUCAUCAGAGGCCUACGAAGCCGGUGGGGUGGUGGGAUGGAGGUGAAAUUUUAGGAGGGAGAGAUGAACUUGCUGGAGGGACAUGGUUAGCCUGUUCAAGAAAAGGCAGGGUGGCUUUUCUCACCAAUGUGUUGGAGCUUCAUACCCUUCCUGAGGCGAAGAGCCGAGGAGACUUGCCUGUGCUUUUUUUGGAGAGUACAAAGAGUCCGAUUGAAUUUGCACAGCAACUGGUAACAGAGGUUCAUCAAUACAAUGGGUUUAACCUGAUACUGGCUGACAUGCUUUCCAAGACUAUGGUUUAUGUCUCCAAUCGACCCAAAGGAGAACCCAUUACCAUUCAAGAAGUUUGCCCAGGCAUUCAUGUGCUUUCAAAUGCAAAACUUGAUUCACCCUGGCACAAGGCUCAGCGUCUGGGGCUGAAUUUUAAAGAACUGUUGAUUAAUUAUGGGGACGGUGAAUUACCUGUGAAAGAGAUGACUGAAAAACUGAUGAGGGACUCAAUUAAGGCGGAUGAAAGCAGGUUACCUGGUAUUUGUUCACUUGAUUGGGAAUAUAGUCUAAGUUCUGUGUUCGUUGAAGUAGAGACCCCACUGGGACGCUAUGGCACAAGAAGCACUGUUGCGUUGACAAUAGAAGAAAGCGGGCAAGCAAGCUUUUAUGAGAAGUAUCUUGAAAAGGAUACAUGGAAGGAGAAAACUGUGAAAUACUAUAUUCCGAAGCUGAAGUAGAUUGAGAAAAUAAAACAUGUGAUGGUGCUUAAAUAUGGAAUUAAGCAUUCAUUUGUUUGUAUGACAUGCAUCAAUGUCUCAGUUGAUCCUAUGGACCAAUGAAGAUAAUGAAAUAAAAUUUAAAGGGUUGUUUGGUUUCA